GCGGCUGCUGCCACGACUCCUAAAGCCUCGUUUACACUCAGCCGUUUCACCUGCGACUCGCGCUGCCGGAAAUAUUGCCGCGGCAGCGUUGACGCGAGUGAAUGCUGUUUACACUGAACCCUCAUACUUCUUUUACCGGGCAACUGGCAAUCAUGGCUGACGUUGAGAUUGUUGCGGCGACAGCUGUAUGUCUGCUUAGUGUUAUGAAUUACGUAAACGUUUUAAAAAUAAAUUUAAAAAAAAGACGCUAUCGCCAAAGAAGAUGGUGGAUGAAAAAAAUUCAUCAAAAUCGAACGACGUAAGUACUCACAAUAACUUCCUAUAAGUACAUCAAACACUUCGACGAUAUGAAUGAUGAAUAAUCUUACCUACCUACCUAUGUUUUUGUUACAGAAACAGCAUGAAUACUUUUUUUAUGGAGUUGACUUCCGAAGAUGGCGGCGAGUUUUCUAACUUUUGCAGAAUGUCAUCUUCUGAUUUUGAAUUGUUGUUACAAAAAAUUGGACCUAUGAUUGAAAAACAGCAAACCAGACUGCGAAUGCCCAUACCAGCAAAGAUACGUUUGGCAUUAACAUUACGAUAUUUAGCAACGGGGGAUAGUUAUAAAAGUCUCCACUACUUAUUCAAGGUUUCUACACCAGCCAUUUCGCAAAUUAUUCCUGAAGUAUGUCAAGCUAUCAACUCUGUUCUCAAGGACCAAAUUAAGUUACCACAAUCACCAGCGGAAUGGUUAUCUAUAGAAGCGGGAUUUAGGAGGAAAUUUCCUCGAUGUGUCGGAGCUAUAGAUGGGAAACAUAUUGUAAUUAAAUGUCCACCACACAGUGGCUCACAAUAUUACAACUAUAAGCAUACAUAUAGCAUCAUACUAAUGGCUCUCGUUGACAGUGAAUACCGUUUUAUUUUUGCUGAUAUUGGUGGUCAGGGGCGCAUUAGUGAUGGAGGAAUUUUUCAGACCUGUUUACUCAUGCAAAAAAUUAACACAGGCACUAUAAAUUUGCCACCAGACGCGCCCUUACCCGGAAGAGAAAUUGAUGUACCUUAUGUAUUUCUUUGUGAUGGAGCUUUUGCAAUACAUAAACAUAUAAUGAAACCCUUUCCUGGAGAUCAUCAUUUUAACACAAUGGAACGCACUUUUAAUAACAACUUUCAAGUUCUCGUAUCAUUGUAG